AUGGCAAGUAAGACGGAUGCUUCCAAGAAGGUCCAGCAGGCCGUCUCGUGGCCUCGAUCCUAUGUGCUGCGCUCUCAGAGGCUAUUCCAUCAGAGCCUGACAAACCAUGGCCUACCAUAUCUGCGUCGCCAGAAACCCGACUUCUGGACUGACCGUCAGCCCACCAAGAUCUUUGAGUAUCCGCAGCAUCCAGGCCUGGGCAUCCGGCUAUUCAAGCCAGAGUCUCGCAGCGACGAGCCGCCACCGCCAAAUGGAUGGCCCAUUGUAUUCAUGAUCCAUGGCGGCGGCUGGACCAUUGGCAAUGCCGAGAUGGACGAUGAGCAGGCGCACAUACUGUCAACUAAGCAUGAAUUCUGCGUCAUGGGGCUCGAGUAUGGCCUCUCGCCCGGUCGUCCGUUCCCGAGUCCCAUCCAAGACUUGGCCGGCCUGAUCGAAUGCGCCAUCGGGGACACCAAGCUCGUCAGCGAGCUCAACCUGGACACCUCAAAGGUCUCCCUCGUCGGCUUCUCCUGUGGCGGAAGCCUGGCUCUUUCCCUGGCACAGCUUCCUGCACUGCAGAGGCACAUCCAUGCCAUCGUUGCGUUCUACCCCCUCGUCGACUUCGUGGGAUUGUUUCGCGAGGACGGGCCCGUCCGGAAGACGCCUUGGGGGAAGGUCGAUCCCCUACCAUCUGUGCUGCCCAUGUACGCGUGGUCCUACGUUCCUGUUGGGCAGGACCUUGAGAAUCCGCUGCUGAGCCCAUGGUACGCUGCGCGCGAAGCCAUUCCACAGCCCCUGUUCAUGAUCACGGCCGACGAUUGCCUGCGCGAAGAGGGCUGCAUGUUUGCCCGCAAGGCAGCUGGGCUGGAUCUCAACGUCAACCCCCAUGAGGUUUCCACGGAGUCAUGGGAGGUGGAGAGCGUGCGGUACGAAUUUGUUCCGGGGAUGCCUCACUGCUUCAUACACUUUUGGGAGGAGAUCAAGGGGAGCGAUGAGUGGGAGAAGAAGAGGCUUGACAUCAACGAGCGCAUCUGGUCAGAUGUCGCUGCGUGGCUCAAGGCUAAACUAGGGGUCUAG